AGGCGGGGUGACGCCCGUGGUCACUUCACAAGGCAGAAAUUGUUACCUGGGCAAUAAAAGGCACCGCUGCGGCGGGGACCCGGGAGUGGGCACAUGGGGGUGCGGGUGUGCAGGUGCCAAGCGCCAUGGGUUAGGCCCGAUAUUGGAGUCCGGCCGCCCCCCGACAGCAGCCGCCUCCUGCUCCCCGCGCGCCCCAGGCGCCACCAUGUCGGGCGACAAACUUCUGAGCGAACUCGGCUAUAAGCUGGGACGCACGAUAGGCGAGGGCAGUUACUCCAAGGUGAAGGUGGCCACGUCCAAGAAGUACAAGGGCACAGUGGCCAUCAAGGUGGUGGACCGGCGGCGCGCGCCGCCCGACUUCGUCAACAAGUUUCUGCCGCGCGAGCUGUCCAUCCUACGGGGCGUGCGACACCCGCACAUUGUGCACGUCUUUGAGUUCAUAGAGGUGUGCAAUGGGAAGCUCUAUAUCGUGAUGGAGGCGGCUGCCACCGACCUGCUGCAGGCAGUGCAGCGCAGCGGGCGCAUCCCCGGGGGUCAGGCGCGUGACCUCUUCGCGCAGAUCGCUGGGGCUGUGCGUUACCUGCAUGACCACCACUUGGUGCACCGGGACCUCAAGUGCGAAAACGUGUUGUUGAGCCCCGACGAGCGCCGCGUGAAGCUCACUGACUUUGGCUUUGGUCGCCAGGCACACGGCUAUCCUGACCUGAGCACCACCUACUGCGGCUCGGCCGCCUACGCGUCGCCUGAGGUACUCUUGGGUAUCCCAUACGACCCCAAGAAGUACGACGUGUGGAGCCUGGGCGUCGUGCUCUACGUCAUGGUCACCGGGUGCAUGCCCUUCGACGACUCGGACAUCGCUGGUCUGCCCAGGCGCCAGAAGCGUGGCGUCCUCUACCCCGAUGGCCUCGAGCUGUCCGAGCGCUGCAAGGCCCUGAUCGCAGAACUGCUGCAGUUCAGCCCGUCCGCCAGGCCCUCAGCGGGCCAGGUAGCGCGCAACGGCUGGCUGCGUGCUGGGGACUCCAGCUAGACGCCGGGGUUCCCGCCAUUCCCGCCGCCCUGAGCACUGCGCAAGCGCAGUGCACGCGCGCCAGGCGUGCUUCGGUACCCCCGCGAAGCCGACACGCGCCUCUGGGCACGCGCACUUCCCCCCUUUUCCGGUUUCUGGAGGUCCCGGGCGGUAGUCGCCCCUGCUUAGAAUCUAGCUCCCCUCCCCACGAUCCCGAGAGCGGGAGGGUGCAAGCGCUUCCUCUGUUCCCCAAGAGAAGGCCUCGGGAGGGAAAGGGACGAGAAGAAAUGGAAGCAUUGCGCCAGCGCGGAAUGAGCGAUGGCUGCGGGUAGGCGUUGGCUACCUGGAGGAGCUGCCAGCGAGUGGACGCGUGUGGAGGGCGUCCUUCUUUAGGCAGCCACGCAGGCUGGUGGGGGAAGGCACGCUCCGGGCGCUGCCUCCCUGGAACUUGCAAUAAACUCGCUCUUCCUCGCAGCUGCCUCUAAAAAUGGCCCCCUUUUACCAAGUAGGGGUGGGAGGUUGUCCCCCGGGGGAAGGCAGGCGUGGUGCCCCAUUGUAGAGAAAGCUUCUAGCUCUAGGUCUCGAAAGGGAAUUGGGAGGAUUCAAACCGGACUUUUGGGCUCUCCAGCCUCAAGAGAACUCGAAGGGUCGUGCCGGGGUCGUGAUGGCCCUGGCAAUAGAGAUGCGGGGCUGGGGAGCAAGGAUCCCAGCACCCUCACCGUGUUUAAGGAUUCAGCAGCGGGGGGGUGAGGGGCGUGGCGGGGGGCCGCCUGUCUCAACAGAAACUGAGCGUUUAUAGAUGAGGAAAUUGAGGCCCACACAAAUGACACUUGCCCAAUAACACAUCUGGAAUUUGAAACUGGAUAUGGCUGGAGUGGGGUGGGGAGGUGGUGGAAGCUCUCCAUAGUAAGGGCCCUUCCUUGGUAAAG